UCUACUUCUUCCAAUGAAUGUGGCUGGUGUUGGUUCUGGGAAGAGUAUCCCAGCUGCUUGUGUCAGUGGAUUUUUUUCUGGUGCUCCGCUGACAUACAGCAGGUUGUGCUCAUGUAUUCUUCACCAACCUGGUAACAACUGCGUAACUCUGUUUGCACAAACUUUACAAAGUUAUAAGUGACAGAACCGUUUCCUCAAUUAUGACAGUUCCCACUCUUUUUCUUAACGUAACAAACUAUAAUUCUCAGCCCAGUCCUCCUUAAUGUUGUCAUCCAGCAUUGGGCCUGUGGGAAGUGAAUGCGGUAAAUGGUGGAGCUGCCUUUAAAUACCCGUUGCACAAAACAACAUUCUGCAAAUUCAGAUUGCAAGGGAGUGAUAGAAGUCUGAGUGGAACAACGCUCAUACCCACACUCCAACAUGGAAAAAAGAGAUUGUUGUCGAAGGUUUUUUGUAAGGGCUCUCUGGGACUGCUGCAUCACUGCCUUCUAACUGUGACAAAUGUGAGAGGAAGGGGGCAUCUCCAGAUCCACGGUUAAUUGAAGGAGGGGUUGCCAGUUACUGUUAAUCGGCAGAGGUCUUUAUUUAUGAGCUUUCAUUGGGAUUAUCUAUGCAUGCGUGUGUCUUGGCCAAUGAAUGUUCUUUUGAUUUCCCAGCUUGCAGUGACACAUGGGUAUUACAAAAAACAACCUGGCAACCUACAGCCUUCUGUUGACAAGAUAGAAUUCAGACAUGGAUUUGUACUGAAGUUUUGUGCUGCUUAACAGUCAUCUACGUAUCUUGUAUUCUCCGAAGAAAAUAAAUCUUGAAAAGCACCGCAGAAAAUAUGGGACGCUAUCAGAAACCAAGGGAUUCCAAAUAAAAUGUAACUAUUAGGAGUGCGGCUUUAUGACAUCAUGGGGCCAGGGUGAUGGCUCAGCUUUCCCUCAGCUACGGUAGCAUAAGGUUAGCUAACCUGAAAUCCAUAACUUGAGAGUCUAAUCGCCCUAGGCUCCUCCUUGAGCGGUGUUUUUCUUACUUGUGUGUCUAGUUCUGUAGGUUGAAAGGGCACGUAACACCGAUUUCAUAUCAGUAUGCUUCAGUUUACCAGCUGGGGUUCUUUGUACCUCCAAGAGGGAACUUACAGGUUUCUGUAAGUUGAAGAAGGUUGAAAACCAUUGCUGUACAGUGAAAACAGAGGCGAGCAGGGACUCCAUUAGUUCCUCCCACUGUUAAUUUCUCUGGGCAGCACUGCAGUAACCUGAAGCAUCUGGAAGAAAUCUUGACAGGGAAGGCCCUGCUAAGCCCCAGUGACCUCAGGGUGGAUGUGCCUAUAAUGAUCCAAGCGUAAUGGGAAGAGGAGUUGUGCUGGGAGGAUCUCAGUGCCAGCACACCAGACAAUGUAGCGACCAAAUUCAUUAUCUUCUGACAUAAGAGUUCUGUUGGUCCAGGAUGUGGCAUAUCACAUCACACUGAGAUGAUAUCCUGUCCCACUAUGCUCCAGUUUCUGGGAACAAUUGCUCUGUUGUGCUUGGAGAAUGGCUGAGAGAACAUGCUAGUGCCCACUGGCAGAGCCUUACAGGGUCUGAUGGCACAAAGCAACCAUGAAUAAAGAAGAACGGGACCAAAAUGCAAAGGAAAAUUGGUGGAACCACCUCUAACCACCUCCACCUCCUAAGAAGGAGCUUACUGCCGAAAAGUGUUUGCUAUAAAUGGCUGAAAGAUUACUGAAGUUGAAAGCAGGAGUCCCCUCAUGAUUAUUUGUGCAGUGCCCAGCAUAUCAACAUGAACGCGGAUUUGAAACUCUGAAAAUGAGAGGGUUAGGGCUGUUCACACCACCGUUAAACUCAGGUCUGGAGAUACCCAGCAUAUUAAAUCCAAGCAGGUUUGCGUUACAUCAAAUUCCACGCUACAGGCAGCGCUUUUCAGGCUUCUCUUUUCCUGACAGAACUUUUCAUUUUAUGUUAGCACCUUUGGUGCCAUUUCCUUCCCACUUGCAGUGUAUUAGUGUCUGUCUUAUCACACCUUCCACAGAAACAACUACAAUAUGCUUCACGCUGGCAAGUGGAAUUAACCUUUUCAUCUCUCAUUACCAUCUUUCCUUUCUCACCUCAUGUUGUGUUCCUGCCUUGCCUUGUUUUCACAGUGCCUCUGGAAUUAGUGCCUUUCAUUUCAGAGCUGGGAAUGGUUGAAAUACGUACAUGCCUGUGCUGUCCCUGAGAGGGCAGCCCGCUGCCCAGCUGGAAAGAGCUGGCUUGUCAUGGCAGGGACACAACACAACCUGACUCACAUAUGACUUCACAUCUUGUCCUCUCCUUUUCACAAAAGCAAACUGGUUGUCAGCUGCACACAAAUGAGCGUGUUGUUGUUGUUUAAUAGCUGUGAGUUCCUGGCUUUAGUUCCGAGCUAUAUUUAAUACUGUUAGCACAGAAAUGGUACAUUUCCUGUUUCCUCAUAUCUCAAUAACUCGUCGCUCAUUUAAUGUCGAGCUGCUAUUUACUCUGACCUCAACGUAUCAGUAGCAUUGAACAAAUCUUAAAAGUGAAGAAUAAAAAUGAUGCGAAAAGUCUUAAAAGCAGCUUUCAGUUCUCUAUGUACGAGUUGGUUUUUGGGUUCAGAGUCCAUCUUCUGCUCCAGUGACAGUGUGAAAUGGGGUCAAACACUCAUUGCCUGUAGGACUUCCUGCAGUGUCUAUGGUGGAGAGCUGUAUUCACUUUGACUUGGGUUAACCGAGGGCCAAAUAUUUUAUGUAAAAAUGGUUUUAGUGAAGGAGCCAAAUUUGGAUUUUUCAAGGGGGCAGCUCCCUGUAAUUACUAUAGAGGAAAGCUAAGGAGGUCAGCGUCCCUGGAGCAAACUGGUACUUCGUAAAUGCCCCCCCAGGCAAUAACAUGCAAGUCACGGAGACAUCCAGAAGAAAACAAUUUACAAAUGAUCAUGUUUGAGGCUGCAAAUACCAGCUUCAACAAGAUUUGGUUGUUGAAAACAUACAGCUUCAUGAGUAGACUCUGAUCAUGCAGCUUAAAUGCUGAUUUCGCUUUUCACAAAUGGAGAUGAAAAAGUGGAAGCUCAGCUGGAAGUCCCAGAGAAAAGAGGAGCUUCCAGAGUUAGGGCUGCAGAAGUGGCCUAAUAGUUACAUAGGAGGGAGUUGUAGGAAUUCCUAUGUAUCUAUGAGUCUUUGUGGAAGAGAAGAUCUGAACAGGAAUAGCAAAGCCAGACUCCUACAUGAUACCCGACUGCGUUUGAUGGACGUGAAUUCAUGAACAGAUGUGAUCAGACUACUCCAUAGAUCAGGAUAUAUCAGUGAGACUGAUGGAUGAUGCCAGUCCCAGCAUUCUUGGCCCAACAUCUCCAAACCUUGAGACAUUUUAUUUCGGAAAAAGGUGCUGUGCUGUCCAGGUAAACUGAUAUUUCAAAACAAUUCUUUUGUCUUACAAAUUCAGAGACUUUCAGGCCUUCAGAAUACUCGUAUUUAUUUAUUUUUCCCGUGGAGAGGAAAAAAUGAAGCUGUAGAACGUUCUAACUUGGUGGCAUCAAUUAUUAAACCCAUACACUUUUCUACACUGAUGACAAGAACGUACAUACCUAUGUAUAUUUACAUUGGACAUGUAUAUAUGGUUUCAUGAUGAGCUCAUUUUUUUGUGCAAAGUGUUACGUGAGCUUUGAGAAGUCAGCAGGGGACAACUGUUCUUCCAUCUGCCCAAUUUAAAGACUGCUUUCCUAAAUUGAAGGGAAAUUUCACAAAAUAACUCUAAAAUGGGAUCCCCCCAAAUUGGGUCUGUCAAGAUGGUAAUGUUUGACUGUGCUUCAGUUGUAAACAGACAAUUCAGAUUGAUCUGAAGUGCAGAAGGAUAAAUACACUGUGUACAACUUGCUAUUGUUGGACGACGCAUGAAUAAUGCCCUGGGUUUGGGAUCAGUCAACUCUUCUGUUUUCAAUCAUUCAUUUUCUUUUACCCAUUUCAUAACUGAAUUGUUGAUGUAAUCCUACCCCAUGUGAAUGCGAAGUUCAGGGUUUCACAAUAAAUGAAAUGCCUUCUAAACCAGCAUGAAAUACCCACACAGCGUAAUCUAAGGUGUCCACAAAAGCUGGGAGAGGAUGCAGCCAAUGGGGCCUCCGGGGAGUAAUUAACUCUCAGCAAAAAGUUCUAAUUCUGCCUCUGGUUUCUCUUUGCUUGCCUGAAGAAAAUUUGCAUUUUGUUUCAGCAGUGAGGACGGAUCAUGCAACAAGUGGCAAAGCAGGAGGUCUGGCUUGUUUCGGGUGAGACAAGGCUCUCUGAGCUGAGCCAACGUUUUCACCACGAAGGGCCAGAAAGGAACGCUGGGUGAACUGACCCUAUAAUGCAGGCAAGGAAACAUGCCCAAGAAUUUUCUUUAUCAGAAUCCUAAGCAGAAGUUGAGCACUGGCUGUCCUUUAAAACAAGCAGUAACAUCUGGUCUGACGGCUGCACCUGGAGGUUCCAUCAUUUCUCAGUUAAAUGUUUCACCCAGGAUAAGAGCAGAGCCCACACACAAUCAAGGGGCACAAUCUGUCCGCAUUCCCAGAAUUGAAUUCAUGUUGUCUUCAAAACUGGUGAUCUUCCUGCUUAUUGGGAGUGAUCCUGGGCCCAUCUGAGCUGGCUUGUUCCUUGGAGUGACUUUGGGCAUUGCUAGUUCAUCCAGCCUAAAACUGUCCUGUGGAUUUAACAAGGUGAACAAAUUCCAGCACCUCCACCGUAGGCUGGCAUUGUUUAGUUUACCAGUGUUACAGUUUUGUGUGCACUACCCUGAGUUAAUUGACAGAAUGCAGCUGUUCCCUGCCCUCUGUCGCAGGAUUUGCUGCGCCUUUUGCUGACCCUGGCAGAGUUUUCUUCCCCAAAUUGUGAUCAAAUUGAACAAGCUGCACUGAUUUGACCAAGCUGCCUCAGGCUCACACUACAAGGCAAAUUUCUGAGACAUCAUAUCUGUCUCUUUUAGCUUUUCUGAUAAAAGAACUUCAUUUUCAUAACACUGUAUAUACUUUCUUAGCCUUAGUCUGGACUGAUACUGUCUUACACUCUUGAGGCUUGAGAAGCAUUGCAGCCAGCAGCCACAUUCAGCUGCUAACUUGCUGCUGUUCAGUGGAGAACACCAGCACUGAGCACUAAUGGGUAGGUGCUUGAUGGCUUGAGUUAGGUCGUGUCAUUAAUUAUAAAACCAUAUGAGAUUUGGAAUGAGGCCACAGGAAAAGUUGCCUUGAGAGGAGCUCCACCCAGAUAAGAGCCCAGGUUCCUCCAGCCUAUGUUCUCCUUCCCUCUACCCAUUCAUUUUGCCUUUCCAUCUUUACUGCAGCUCAGUUUCAACAGGAAGCUCACAACCUUGAUGUCUUCUCUGGUCAGAAUUUUCAGGCCAGCAAUUUCUAUCAUUGCAUGUGUUUCAUGAGCUCUGGAGACAAGCUGGUGGACUGUCCCGUCUGCUGGUACUUAUCUAUGCCACAAAUGCUUUCAGAUUCCCUUGCAUUUCUGCUGUCUAUGGACCAAGAUGUGUUGUGCUGCAUGUAUCCAGUUGCUGAAUUAAACUCCCCAAAGUUUUCAGGGCAGGGAUCCCUUGUGCGUGAAUCCCAGACAGCUUCAGAAGGAGAUGAGGAUGAAGACGUGCAGCAAACCUGGGCAGCAGCAUUUCUACGUGGGGCCAGUUUUGCUUGCUGGUGAAACUCAGGGCUUUUCGAGCCUCUGAGAUUCCCAAAGAUUUUGGAAGUUGAAGUUGCUUGAGGAUCUUAACAAUUCCCUGUGUCUGUACAGAGUGAAAUAGGCCAGAGCAUGAUGCUAAUGCAGCUUAGCACAUCCAUGAACUGGAAUUAAAUAAUUGAGAAUGGAUCAGCUCUUCACCGUGGUGGCUGCGUGCUGCCCAGGCUGAAAGUCAUGUUAAUGGCAUUGCAACUACAGGUCUUUAAACUGAACACACCAAAAUCAAGGCCUGCAUUGUGCACUGAUAGGCGUGCCUGAUCUGGAGCCUGGAGCAAAACUCAGCAGUGCUUAUAACGACGGUGAGAGCAUGAUGGUAACUUUAGGCUCAGGUAUUAUAAGAAGAGCAUAGAUUUGGAUGGGGGGGGGGGGUUGCUCUGGUUGCUUCCCCAGUAACAACAGAAGAAUAUCACUGGGGUGAUGCCGCGCUCGGUCCCAUGCUCUGCAGCUGUGCCCACUGCACAUAGAGCAUCCUGCAGGAUUGCCCACCUGCCCUCUAAGCACUCUGCACGUCCUGCAUUCAGUGGUGCAGCUGUGAGCCUUCAGAUCCCCUGCAGCAAACAGCUUUCCUCUCCUAAUUCCAGCGAGGACCUCCCAUCCCAGCCUCGUGUUUCCCCUCCGCAUCCAUAAAACUGGAAAGCAAAACCCCUCAUCUUCCUUCCCCUGUGCGAUCCUUCAGCCGGGAUUUAUUUCCCAAGGCUGCUGAUGGAUGAACGACAAUCGUUUUUGCUCAGCAGUGGCACUCGGAGGGGAUGUGCAUUGUGAAGCUGCUUGACAAGCCAAGCGGUGGGAGAGGAGGGGCAGGGGGGGAGAUGUGUGCCAGGCGGGCGGGCGCGCGGGGCCAGUGGCUGCGCUGAGCUUUCGCUCUGUCCCCAGGGGGCGAGCCUUCCUCUCACCCCAGCCUUCUCCUCUGCCACACCACAGGGGAGGGAGAGAGGAGAAAGCAGAGGGUCCCCUGGCCCUGGCAGCACCCAGCUGCCUGGCUCACGUCUGCAGCAGGCGAGCCACGAGGAAGAGCCUCUUUGCCCCUACAAGCCACUUCACCUUUGAUUUAAAACCUUCGCCCACUUCCACAAGGGACAAUGGAGGAGCAGUACAUUUCCAAACUCCACCCGGUAACGGACUACGGAGCUGGGGUCUUUCUUCUGAUCGUAGCCAUCCUGACCAUCCUUGGAAAUUCCGCUGUCCUCGCUACAGCAGUGAAGCGCUCUUCCCUCCUGAAGUCACCGGAGCUGCUUACGGUCAACCUGGCAGUAGCGGAUAUUGGGAUGGCAAUCAGCAUGUACCCGCUGGCGAUUGCAUCCGCCUGGAACCACGCUUGGCUGGGAGGAGAUGCGUCCUGCGUAUAUUAUGCCCUGAUGGGUUUCCUUUUUGGUGUCUGCAGCAUGAUGACGCUGUGCGCCAUGGCCGUGAUUCGAUUCCUUGUUACCAAUUCAUCCAAAUCUAACAGUAACAAAAUCUCUAAGAACACUGUUCGCAUCCUGAUUACUUUCAUCUGGCUCUACUCCUUGCUCUGGGCCAUUCUGCCCUUAGUAGGCUGGGGCUACUAUGGCCCUGAGCCAUUUGGCAUCUCUUGUACAAUAGCCUGGAGCAAGUUCCACAGCUCCUCCAAUGGCUUUUCGUUCAUCCUGAGCAUGUUCCUCCUGUGCACGGUCCUGCCUGCUCUGACCAUCGUCACCUGUUACUUGGGAAUCGCCUGGAAGGUUCAUAAAGCAUACCAAGAGAUCCAGAAUAUCGACAGGAUCCCUCACGCAGCCAGACUGGAGAAGAAGCUGACACUGAUGGCUGUGCUCAUCUCGGUCGGGUUCCUGAGCGCGUGGACGCCGUACGCAGCAGCCAGCUUCUGGUCCAUAUUUAACUCCAGCGAUUCCCUGCAGCCCAUUGUCACGCUGCUGCCGUGUCUGUUUGCCAAAUCUUCAACCGCCUAUAACCCUUUUAUUUACUACAUCUUCAGCAAAACGUUCCGUCACGAAAUCAAACAGCUGCAGUGUUGCUGGGGCUGGCGAGUUCAUUUCUUCAGCACCGACAGCUCUGCGGAAAAUUCUGUCUCGAUGAUGUGGAGCGGGAGAGACAACGUACGUCCCUCCUCCACUGCAAAGGUGGAGAGCCAGGGAGCUGCAACCCACUGACAUGGAGCGAUGCUUGCAGAACAUACACCAAGAUUCCGACUCACUCGUGGGCCCCAAUAAGCAGGAAUGCAGCAUGUGGAGUUGCCACUGAGCAUCUUACGUCAAAUACUAAGUUGUGUAAGUAUAUAUUUUUUAAACCGCUCCCUGUUUUUAAGAUACACAACCACCACAACAAAAGAAUGCUACUUUUUUUUUUCCAAGAAUUUCCACUUCAGAGGAAAUAGAUUUACGUACUAAACAAGACCAUCGUCAGCUUUGGUCGCACUUACAUUCAGGGAAACAGCUGUAAUUAAAAAUUAUUAUCUUUCUCCUGCUUGUAACUUUUUAACGCAAUCUGUCUGGGGACCCUUGGCUCUGUCAGUAGCACAGCCAUCAGAGUGAAGCACAGCUUGAAUACAAAGCGCUGCCAAAUAACUACAGCUGAGAAAGUAGCUGUCCUGAAUCACAGAAUGGUUUGGGUUGGAAGGGACCUUGAAGCCCGUCCAGUUCCAACCCCCUGCUGUGGGCAGGGACAUCUCCCACAGACCAGGCUGCCCAAAGCCCCAUCCAGCCUGGCCUCACAGAUGGAAAACCAUACGGGCAGCAAAAAAUACCCACUGCCAGGAAAAGGUGAUGAAGUGGUCGUUAUCUACAUAUCUGACGGAGAAGAACAGACCCAUACCCUCAGAGGUGUAGUUCCAGCUCCUUGAAUCAAAGCGUACAAAAGAGUCAAGCAGCCUUGGUCUGAAAAGGAUAGGUGGGAAUGCAGCAGCCUUCCAUGUAUCACAGACAGCAGGAUGAGAGUUGAAGGAUCCUCUUGGCAAAGGGAACACUUAUGUUGUUGCUUGCUGACAUACAACAUCUCUUCUAACAUGAAAGCUGCCUGAACAUUUGUUCCCUGGAGGAGAUACACUAUGGCUGGGUAUGGCAUGCCAAAAGAUGUCGCCAGGAUUACCUGCCUGGCAGAGAGCAAUCCUGCAGGUGCACUGAGGUGCUGAAUUCCUCACUGGCUGGAGGGAGCACCAGCAAAAAUGUUUCAGAAUAUCUGUAAAGUGCCUACCUGAUUUGGCACUAACUCCAAUUUUCAUUAGCUUAAACAGUGGUGCAGUUUUGAAGCAAGCAGGUUACUGAGUGCAGGCAGUAUGUGGAGGUGGCAGCCAUUCACCGUUACCAAUGGGGCUGACAACCCAACAUCAACCUGCUAGCAAGCACUGUCUUCAUAGCUGUGCUGCUCCAGCAGCAGAAACACAUGGGAAAAGUAUGUUUCAUCUUAGCGUGCCAUCCCAUUAAAAGUCCCUGCUUAGGCAGGGAACUGAUGACUAGCUUGAAGGAAACUCUGUUCACCUGAAUAUUUUCUCUCCUUAAAGGGCCUAAUACAAAUACUGGAUGCUGGGUGAGAAAACCAUUCCUUCCCUAGACUUGUGAUUUUAUUUUUCAACCUUAAUAUGGUAAGAGAGAAUCAAUGUAUGUUAGCAAGUCCUACUCUAGAGCUUUAAGGAGCCCUCCUUCAAGCAUUCAAGGAUUCCAACUGAAGUUGGUGGGAAUUUUCUUAACUCCAAAGGAAGAAGAUGCAGAUUUUAAAGAUAAUUAGAGUUUAAAAAGCAAGGAGUCUGUAUGGCAAAUAGAGUUGGAUGGCAAAUAUUACCAAUGAGCAGAGAAAUCCUAAAUAGGAAGAAAAGAAUGAAAAUAGUGUCAUUGCAACAAAGGAUUUUUUCCAGUUCCUUCUAGAGGGGAGGCAAAAAUGGUGAGAAAUUAGGUUCAAUCUACCUAAAGAAGAUUGAUAAAUAAACAGUUAUAGCAAGAACAGUACUGGACAAAGGUACAGCAUUAAGGGAGAAUGAUCACUGACAUGAACUUCAUUUGAGAAACAGUGAAAUACAGGAGCAGUGACGUAGGCCAAAGGUGUGCAGUUGCUCCUAUACAGGUUACUGCCAGACACAGCAUUACCAUCUUAUUAAACAGUGAACUUAAAAAACUAUGGUUUGUCUACUUACAUAUUUCUAAAGUGAGUUGAGUCUGACUAACAUU